CCGGUCUGGUCGUCCCGCCUUCCGUCCCGGUUGCUAAGGCCGUUCCCGGGGCCUUGACUUCAUGGUUCUCCCUCGGUUUCUGGUAUCCUCGUUGCCUGCUUCCCCCCCCCAUCCCCUCACACACACACACACACACACCGGGCUUUAGCGGAUGGUUUCACUGGAAGACACAGACAGACAGACACAGACCGCACUGUCGCUUCUCCGGCCACCGAGGCCAUGAACGUCUCCGCUUUCCAAAAGGUGGCCCUGGUCUCCUGUGUCGUCCUCUGUUGUUCCGUCGUCUUUCCUAAACUCUUCCUGGCCCGAGGGAAGAAGGCCGAGCCGAAGGAGGCUAACCCCAGUCGAUUUCCUCCCACGAUGCAGCGCCCAACAGGUUUUGACAGCAAAUCAAGCAAGUCGGCCAAUUCUCAUUUCCACAAUGCGGAAGCAAUGGUCAAAGCCAAAGGUGUUGGAGGAGGCAAUAAAAACAUCAUGGGCCAGAUCAUCCCCAUUUACGGAUUUGGAAUAUUUGUUUACAUCCUAUAUAUCCUCUUUAAGAUAUCGGCCAAAGGUUCAAGUCCUCAAAUGAAGAAGAAAUGUGCCAGUACAAGGCCUGGAAACAAGAAGCGGAAAAUUACCGAUUACGAGCUGGCUCAACUUCAAGAAAGGCUGAAAGAAACCGAAAUGGCCGUGGAGAAAAUCGUAUCCAAAAUGGGAAGCGGGUCAGAUGAGAUGACUAAUGUUACCACAGAGCAGGAACAAAAGCUUCUGCAACAGCUAAAGGAAAUCACCAGGGUCAUGAAAGAAGGGAAGCUCAUCGACAGCUUUAGUCCCGAAACAGAGGCAGAGGAAGACCCGUACAUGGAGGACUGGGAAGGUUAUCCUGAGGAAAUGUACCACACUUUUGGCAAGUCCGAAUGCAGAUGCCAGCAGGACAUCGCCCCCGAUUCCUCAGGGCCCUACCGAUGCUCUGCGGAGGAGUUGGAAGACCAAGUAGAAGCAGAAGCUACUGAAGGCUUCUCAAAUGAAACAGUGACAAAGCAGAGUAAAGAGAGGGAAUAUCAAGCAAUGGGGCAGAAGAAAGGAGAUUCACUGAGGCUCGGGGAGCAGAGCGAUGUGCUUCAGUGCGAUGAAAACAAUGCUGUAGUUGAAGAAUCCCAGAGUGGAAAUUGCCAAGAACUCAACCAGGCCAGCAAGGACAUGGAUCGAAUGGAGAACACUGGUCUCAGUCUCGAGGACUGCAGCGAUAAGGCCCAGGAAGCAUUCAGUGCGAAACUCUUUGCCAGUGAGCCACGGAGCAUUGUGAAAGGUACAGAUAGGCUCCGAAAACGCAACAAGAAGGUGAUGGAGUAACUGGACAGAAGCUCCACCACUCAACACAUAGAUCCAUCAUUGUCAUCAUGAACUUCAGCUGCAUGUGAGGCCAUGGUCAUCUUCCACAGCACGGCAGCAUGAAUCUUUCUACCAGCAUCUUACCUGCUUCCAUUUGUAUCAAGACAACCCCAGCGAUUAUCCACAGCAAAGUAGGUUUGGACCGAGGUAUGAUGGGAAGAAGUCUUUUCAGUCCUUUUGUUCUGUAAGGAUCUGUUUAGCCAUCUAUUGGAUGGAAUCUAUGGGAAGCCAGAUUGUCCAAGUAAAACUUGGACAAUCUGUACCAUGAUUGACAAGGAUAUUGUUCGUGCCUCGUAUAAACAUCCAUCUAGAAUACACUUCUUUUCUAGGCAGUAUUAAACGAGCAAGCUUAAUGAAGUUCAUAUUGUUUUUCACCCAAGGGCUCAGAAACCCAGCCAAGAUUGGCUACAGUUCAUUAUACAUCUACCGUUGUCUCCGGAAACAAAGGUCUGUAUGUAGAUCUGAACUAUGCAGUGAACACAAACAUAGUACAAGAAAAGGCUAUUUUUCCCUGUUCCUUCCACAGCUAUCCCAAACACCCCUUAACAUAGACAUGACAGAUGCACUUGCUUCAAAGAUAAAUCAAAUAAAAAAGAAAGUUCUUCCAUUUCUACAUCCCCACUAUUUAACUGUGGCCUUCCUUGUUCUACAUAGCAACACCCCAUGCCUUCCCUCAUGGCCCAUGUCCUUUCAUGGAUGAAGCAAAAGCAAUUCAAACUGGUGCAACGUCAUCUUUCAUUAUCAUAGGAGAAGGCAUCACAAUUAUAUGUUGUAUACAUGGGUGUCUUUUGAGGAGUCCAUAGUGACUGUAGUGUCAGGCCAUGGCAGAGCUGCUGCUCUUCAGCUCCCACAGUCCUCCCAUAGAGUAACAACAGGAGGCGGUUACUGAGAGCCAAGCUAAGCAAAGGGAAUGCGACAAGGCCAUUGUUGGACCUUCUGGGAGCACUCCUUUAACUGGAUGUCACUUUCCAACCAAUCACUGACUUCCGAUGGGACACUCACCACUUUGAUCAUGGCAUUCUGGCUUUGUGAUUCACUUAAGAAAUACCAACGAGAGAAAAACUAAUUCCCCCCCACCCAUCACCGGCCCCAAUUGAUGGAACACCUUGUUACGUGCUCACCUAGACUGCCUUUUGCUGCACAUUACACAGCACCCAUUGCAAUGGAAAUCACUGAUCUGUUUGUCAGUCACCAUCUCUGACUGUUAUUUAAUCCUUUGUGUAUUUAUUUUUGAAUAAAGAAUGACAAAGAA